UGUUUAAUGAUUCUCAAUAAUCUUAAAUAAUUAAGAGUGCAAUAACAAUAUUAAAGCUGGUAAGGAUUUCUCAUAAAACAAGAGACUACAGAAUGUUUUCAACUCAAAGCUUCUAACUUUGUUCUAACAUAUUUCCCGCCAAAGAGGAGAAACAGAAACAAAGUAAAGGAAAUGGCUUUGAGACCCAAAACCCUAAGGGAUUUCUUCAGUCCACGACCACACCCUGAAUCACAUCCACCACCGAAACGCUUAAGGGCUUCCUCUUCCGAUUCCGAUGGUCUCUCCGACCAAGAAAAGUCCCGCAUUGAGUUCCAAAAACUGGUGGCCAAUGCCAAACGCAACCUCAAACUGUGUUCCGACAGAGUCGAACAAGCUUCUGGUAAGCUCCCACCCAAUUUGGAGGACCUCUUGGUUGAAGACUCGUGGUUGGAAGCUCUCCCUGGUGAGCUCCACAAACCCUACGCCACCACCCUUUCCAACUUUCUUCAAGCUGAGUCACGCGCCUCCGCUGCCGUACACAUUUACCCACCUCCCCAAUUGAUCUUCAAUGCUCUCAAUUCCACUCCUUUUGAUAAUCUCAAGGCUGUUAUACUCGGCCAGGAUCCUUAUCAUGGCCCUGGUCAAGCCAUGGGUCUUUCUUUUUCAGUUCCCGAAGGGGUUAAGAUACCCUCAAGUCUACUCAACAUUUUUAAGGAGCUUAAGCAGGAUCUGGGUUGUUCUGUUCCUUCUCAUGGAAAUCUUGAAAAAUGGGCUGUUCAGGGUGUGCUUUUGCUCAAUGCUGUUCUCACUGUAAGAAAUCAUCAGGCAAAUUCACAUGCAAAGAAAGGGUGGGAACAAUUUACUGAUGCUGUUAUUAAAACAAUUUCACAAAAAAAGGAAGGAGUUGUCUUUCUUCUAUGGGGAAACUCUGCCCAAGAGAAACGGAGGUUAAUUGAUGAGUCUAAGCAUCACAUUCUGAAAGCAGCACAUCCAUCUGGUUUGUCUGCACACAGAGGCUUCUUUGGUUGCAGGCAUUUGUCUCGCACUAAUCAACUGCUAGAGAAGAUGGGAAUUGACCCCAUUGAUUGGCAGCUUUGAUAUAAUAGAAGAGCAAGUGUUGCGGCUGGGGCUUCUCCUUCUUUAAUAUGGAUAUACAGUCUUGACUUUUGACAGAAGAAAGAAUAUGGCAAAACCCUUUUGAUUAGAUCACUAAUCCUCUAUUUUGUUCCAACAGUAACCUCCUUUUUGAAGUUUAUUUAUAUUGUAAGGGGAAACCAUAUUGAUAUACUAGUAAUAUUUGAAGAACAUUACAAACAUUGUAUGACUAUGAAUUGAAUGGUAUUAUUUGUAAUUAAAUUUGAAGAUUGAAGUUU